GUUAUGUAGCAUAACACUAUGACGUGGUUGAAAAGGUCUUUUACUCCAGCGUCCCUUAAACAAAAUAAAACAUCAAAUUAAAGCAAAAGAAGUGAGAGAUGUACAAAGACAUGUAUAUGUUCAACCACUUACUCGUUGUAGAGAUGUGUCAAAUUUUUGUAGCGCACAUUCUUCAUUAUGGCCUGAAUGAGGUGAAAAUAGCAGCCUUGCUUUUCAACGUCCGGUCUUUCAUUUAAUGUCCCAUUCUGUAAGUUUUCGCUUGUGACAGAAGUGAAUGUUACUGAGUCCCGAACAGCGUUUCAAUAUUAGUGGGAUAGUACCCCUCUUGCUGGGGCCACUCAGCUCUUGGGUAUCACCGCUAGUGGACAUUGAUUCACUGACUCGUGAUAUUGGUCUAGUCUAGGCAUCUACGAAACCGAAAACGCUCACGAUGAAUUUACUCAACUGCUCUUUACCUGUUAAUCGCUCACUGGAUAGACGCCAAUUGUCAUUUACAGCAAACCAUUCAUGUAUAGCUGUGUUAACUGCGGAUUAUAUUAUAACUUAUAUUACAUUAAACUUUCAUUUCAAACAGCCAUAUCAUAGACAUAGAAGGUGUGUGUCUGUCGCGGACCGAAAAGUUUAUUUUGAAAUUAAACGCGAACCACCCAAACGUGAAAUGGUUUCUUUUGUUGUCUGCUGGACCCGAUAUAGUGGACAUGUUGGAAGGAAGCCUUCUACAUAACAGAUAAUCCUGCAAAUGAUAUUGAUGCCAAGCAACCGUGAACUAACCUGCUACUCAAGAGAAAUUGUUAGUUUUUCAAAGUAUUGAUACCGUGUAGGAAUCAUGUACUUUACUUGGAUACUCGUGAUACUAUGCGUUGGAAUAUCACAUGGACAACGAAUCCCCGAACAAAGUUCGCAGGACCAGCAAAUGCAUCUGUAUUGCACAAACAGAGACCAGCAUUCCGUUCAAAUCAGUCCCAGAAUUAAACAAGGAAAAGCUGGGCCAAAAGGGCCUCCUGGUGUUGUAAAUUACAGAGUCGUAAACGAAACUAUAAAAGAACAUUUCAAUGAUAUUUCCGGACAGAUACAAGAAAAGCUGACUCAAAUUGGUCCGGUUGUUGAGAAAUCUAGCGAGGACAUAGAGAAUUUGAAAGCAGUAUCCGGACACACUCAAGCAAAGCUGAAUAAAAUCGAAACAGCAGUUGAAGGGUUGACAUCAGUGACGCAGCAAAUCCAAGAGCAACUGGGAAGUCUUACGACAAAAGUGGAACGAAUAGAGCAGAUUAGCACAUGGUAUCAAGCUCAAAACAACUAUUACUACAAACUAUUUCACGGCAAGACCACUUACGCAAAGGCGAAGGCGAAUUGUAAGAGACUUGGAGGCCAACUGGCAUCAGCCGGAAUUCGAGAUGAAGAUGUUCACAGAGAAAUCUUACACUUGGUCAAAUCUGGAGGAUCCUCCACUUGGAUUGGUUUGAACGACAUUCAAGAGGAAAACGCGUUUAUCUGGGAAGAUGGUGUUACGGCAACUGCAGGUUCUAUUCCAUGGCAUGAUGAUCAACCUGACAGCUAUGGCGGUAAUCAAGAUUGCGUUGAGAUGAAAACUAGCUUUGAUUGGGAGCUGAACGAUCAAGGUUGUACUAACAAAUUUAAAUAUUUAUGCGAGAUUGAACCAUAAUUUCACAUCAACCUCAAGCCAAAGACUGAUAAUGCCUAAAUCAUAACAAACAUUACGGAUACCUAACCAAGAUCGGUAGAUAUCAAACUUAUACUAUAUGAACUCGAACUGCCAACGUGAAAAAAGGACUGCUGAACUUCUCGGCCGUCUUGUGGACUUUCUUGCCCCUCCACCCGUGAUAAAUCGAAAAUCCAAUCCUAUUUCAAGAAGCAUUGACGAAUCUAUAUGUCAAAGAAGUGUCCCUGUUUGACUAAAAUGUUUAGUAUUCUCGAACUUCACAAUCUUAAAAAGGUUUAAAGCAUUGUAUAUAUACAGACAGGAUUUAGGAACUGGUUCUUUGUUGUGUUGAACCCACUAACAACGGGUUCCUGAGGUUUGGUGGAGCUGCACCGGGGGUUUGAUGGAGGUCCUAUGAAAAUGUUGUGUAUUACGCACCGCAUCAGAUCAAACUGAACGUCAACAAGCAAGGUUUCCACAGGAGACUGAACACGUGUGACGAUUGCGUUAUGGGUAAUUAUGGUCGAAGUCGUUUGAAUUGCUAAUAUAUACAGAACGCAAAUAAUCUCGACCGCGCUGGCUAUAACAGGGCUCUAUGAGACACAUAUUUCCUUGGCCUA